AUGAUACGACAGCCAAGUAGCGUGAUUAUUGCCGGACCCUCGGGCAGUGGCAAGAGCGACUUGGUGGAACAAUGGUUGCGGUACCUGAACGUGUUUCAAGUGAAACCCAAAACCAUGGUGUAUGCGUAUGACCGAUGGCAACCCAGAUUCGAGCGUAUGCAAAAAGAGGAUGGGAUUCGAUUUCAUCGCGGGUUACCAGACCCUAGUCAUUUGACAAAAUGGUUUGGCCCCACGCGAGGGGGUGUUUUGGUCUUGGAUGAUCUAAUGGAAGAAGGGGGACAGGACAAACCCGUGUUGGACUUGUUUACCAAAGAUUCCCAUCAUCGCAACAUUACCGUGCUGUAUUUAACGCAAGAUUUAUUUCCACCCGGUAAAUUCUCCAAGACAAUUAAUCGCAAUGUGCAUUACAUUGUGACCUUCAAAAACCCACGAGAUCAAACGGGCAUACGAACCAUUUUACUUCAAGCCUUUCCUGACCGUUGGCGCCAAGUCUUGCGACUAUUUAAUCGUGUCACAUCGCGCCCUUUUGGUUAUUUGAUGUUGGAUGUGCACCCUGCCUCGGAUGAUCGUUACCGUUUGUGGAGUCAUUUAACACCCCGAGAAGGUAAAGCGCAAGUUCAUACCUUGCCCUCGGAUGUCCCUACCGUUCGAAAACGCACUGCAACGAGAACGCGAACGUCAACGUCGGCAAAGAGAAGGAGGACAACAUACUGAAUUAUCAACCCGCAUGAAUACCACGACCCUGUCUCCAACAGACGUGGAUUUACCGUCAGCAGUACCACCGCCUUGCAAAAGCGUAAAAAAAAAGAAAAUAGUCCUUUCACCUAAUGUGAGGUUUGACAAUGAGCUAGCAAUGCACCGAGCCUUGAGACUAUAAAAACGAGACACAUCUUCAAAAAGGUUCAUCAGAUGUUGUACAACCCAUCAUGCCACCCAAACGAAGACGACAACGAAGAGUCAGCUAUCCACGCCGCCGCCGACACUACCAACGAGGGGGGAUUUUACCCUUUCUCAUUCCCGCGGCCAUCUUAGCAGCCAAGGCCGCGACGGCGGGCGCUAUUAGUGGGGGUGUAGGGUACGGCGUGAAGAAAGCCCUCGAUCGUAGACGAAGAUGAGAACCUAUAAAAAGGAGUGUGUUCCCUACCCCGUCACAUCACAUCAUGCCACCCAAACGUAGACGACAACGACGAAAGCAACGAGGCGGUAUUCUCCCGUUCCUCAUUCCCGCUGCCAUCGCUCUCGGCAAGGCGGCAGCGCUAGGGGCCAUUAGUGGCGGUGCGAGCUACGGUGCCAAAAAAGCUAUCGACGCUGCUACGCGCAAGAAAAAAAAACUCAGUCCAGCCCAAUUAGCGGCCAAUAAACGGCACGUUGAGCGUGCGUUAAAACGCACAGGAUGGGCUUUCUAAACUCCAUGCACGUUAUAAAAAAGAAAUAAAAGGGUUUGACAAAGAGCUAGCAAUGCGCCGAGCCUUGCGACUAUAAAAACGAGACACAUCGUGAAAAAGGUUCAUCAGAUGUUGUACAACCCACCAUGCCACCCAAACGAAGACGACGGCGACGAAAGCAACGAGGAGGUAUUCUCCCGUUCCUCAUUCCCGCUGCCAUCGCUCUCGGUAAGGCGGCAGCGCUAGGAGCCGUUAGUGGCGGCGCGAGCUACGGUGCCAAAAAAGCUAUCGACGCUGCCACGCGCAAGAAAAAAGUGGGCAAAAUCAGUGCAGCGCAAUGGGCAGCCAAUAAACGAGACGUUCAGCGCAUGUUAACUCGAACGGGUUUGCCUGGGUUAGCUUCUCUACGAAUGCUAAAGUAAAAAAACUAUAAAAGAGACAAUGUUAGCUCCUCAGGAAACGAUGCUGGUAUCAUGGAUUGCAACGUGGAAGAGUGCUACACAUGUUGGCGAUGGCUCUCUCGCCUUGCGAGGUUAAGAAACGCACACGGCUGUGAAAAGGUUAGAAGCGAUGCAGUGCUCCGAAAAAGAAAAAAAGGUUCUAACGAUUAUUUUUUACAGUGCGACAAAAAUUUUGAAGACAGGUUGUGUCAACAGUGUCGCGACCACAUGCAACAAUAUUAUCAUGGCGAACUGUGUGGAGCACUUUUUACCAUAAAUAGACCUUCGGUAGAUGACCCAAAGCAACAAUCACACGAUGGAUUGGCGCAUGGAACGUCAAGCUCCGUUUCUGAAGAGUGUGUUGCGAGAAGCAGACAAUCAUAAACGACAAGAAUUGUUACGGCUGGCCAAUGCGGAUCAGAUUAAUGCCAUCAGUGAAUUGGUCAUGAACACAAUCCGCGGAACCGUGCCCCGUUCUCGACACACCAUCACUUUGCUGAAACCCCAUGCUCAGAGUUUAAGAGCCAUGGCCAAACCGACUCAUUCGGUCAAACGUCGACGCGCUAUCAUGAUGUCUCAAAAAGGAGGGACUCUCUGGUCCGAACUCUACCGAUGCUAUAAACGUACCAUGCGUUAGACAUUGUACCUCAUUUGCACCAUGGAGCAAGAGAUGGUGAGCACCUCUGUGGACAAUGCUCCGGCUUUUUUACAAUUACGAGACAAGUACAAACAAGAGUUGGUGGAAGAUACUCGCUUGACCAAAGCGGCAGAUUUAGCGGCCAAACAACAUGUGCUCUUGACCAGUGAG